UCGGUUUUGUUUAUUUCUUGUUACCUUUAACUCACUUGAUUAAAUUGUUUUCCUUUUCAAUUAGUAUUAAUUGUCCAUCGAAUAGUAAUUAAAAUCUACUGACCAAUGGAAACAAUUAAUUCGCCAUUUUAGACAAAACACUCUCAUUCCAAACAAAGAACCAACUGUUUGUCUUGUUUUCUUUUCUUCUCUUGUGGUUUUCUCUCUUUCUCUCUCUCUUUUCCUCUUACUUUCUCUUUCUUUUUCUCUAUUUUGUUUUCUUUUUCUCUUUUUAUUUUUUUUUAUCAUUUUCUAUUCUAAAAGUGAACUCAUAUUCUCUUUUUGCUUUUUGUCGGUGUUGGUGGAGGAAUUAUUAUUAUUAUUAUUAUCCAUAUUCUUUCUGUAUCUUGCUCUCUUUUUCUUGCUCUUCUUCUGUUGUUGUUUUAAUUUUCUCACCUUUAUCUCUCAAUCCAUCGAAAAGGUUUCAUCUUAAAUGAUUUUAUUCUGGUCUUGGGUUAAUCUGGUCUCUUCUCAACUGUUGGUUUGGUUUUAAUUUCUUAUUCCUGCCCGGCCGUUCAAUUUUAAAAUUCUCACUCUGGUUUCUCCUACUUGCGCUUGGAUUUACAUUAUUUUACUUCUCUAUCAUCCUUAUUUUGAUUAUUCUUCUAUCAACAUCAUCCACUCUAUCAUCGUAUAUAAUAUAUUGUGCUUUCUUUGACAAUAACUAAACAACAGUAUCAGUAACAUGGAUUGUUAAUUGUUUCAUGUUAACUUUAUACUCUGAAAGGCCUCAGCUAUCAGCAAACCUGAUUAUAUUGUUAAUCAAUAUUUAAAGGAAAGCAGUGAUAUCCAGUGACUGUGAUAAUCAACUUUCUAUCUAUAUCUCACUCUCUCAACUUUUUUCUCCUUCUUCAUCAACAUAUUUUGUUUACUCAGACAAAAAAACAACAACAACAAAAUUAUCCAUAUUGUGGUUAAUCUUGUAUAUGUGAUUGUCUCUCUCUCUAUUUCCCAUCAAAUUGUAAACAACCCUAAUAACCAAUUAUGUCUGGGUUUACAAGUCAACAAUUAGAGAAACGUUUAGGUGAUUUAAAUAGUUCAGCUCAAACAAUUCAAACCUUUUCAUUAUGGUUAAUUCAUCAUAGAAAACACCAUAAGUUAAUUGUGCAAACCUGGUUCAAAGAGCUUAAAAAGGCAACUACAAAUCGUAAAUUGACCUUCAUGUAUUUAGCCAAUGAUGUUAUUCAAAAUAGUCGUAAAAAAGGACCUGAAUUCACCAAGGAAUUUGCUGGAGCCUUGAAACCAGCAUUUAUUGCGGUUGCUAAAGAGGCAGAUGAUAAAACCUGGAAAGGCCUAGAGAGGAUACUCACUGUUUGGGGUGAGAGAAAUAUUUACGAUUCUAAUCAAAUAUCUGAUUGGAGGAAAGCACUUGACGAUUUAAAAGGUUCUAAAAAUGGUUCUACCGAUGAAAAUAAUGGACCAACCAAAAAGGAUCGAGCCUCAACACCGACCACAAAUGAUGCUAAAAGAUUCAAAGCAUCACACAAAAGUAACAUCUCUAAAUCGACCACACAACCAACCAACGCCAAUACAACAACAACAACAACAACAACAACAACGACAACAACGACAGCAACAACAACAACCAGCACCACCAAUAGUAACAAUUCAAAUAAUAAUAAUUCAAAAAACUCAUCGACCAUUAAAACAACAGUUUCUUAUUCAUCAUCAACUCCCAAGAAUAGUAUUAGCAAGAAGACAACAAAUAAAACCGCACCAACAUUAACCACAACCGUAAAUGAUACAAACACCAACAAUGGUAUUAAAUUGGAGAGAAGUGUUAAAUUUGAUGAUUCAAAAUUUACUGUCAAUGAGACAGCGAUAGUUAAAUCAAUUGACCCGGAAGAGUUAAUUUCAGCUCUACAAAUUCUUGAAUAUUCUGCCUCAAGCGAUGCCAAUGUCCGUGAAAAGAUUGCCUCUUUACCGCCAGAAGUAUCAGAUGCUAGUCUAUUGAAAAAAAUUCGUGAUAAAGAUUCAGCGGAAAGAUUACAACGUCAAGUUGACGAGGCUUGUACCAUUCUCGCCGAUUAUAAUAAUCGUUUAACCGUUGAACUUGAGGAGAGAAAGAAAAUUUCAAAUAUGUUAUAUGCUUUUGUUAAAAAUCAGAAAGAUUCUUUAACGGCAGCGGAACAACGUCUUGCCGAAUUUAAGGAGAAACUACUCUCCGUCUCCCAAGUUCGUGAUGAGCUUAAAUCUCACCUACAAAAUUUACCCGACCUUAGUUUAUUACCCUCGAUAUCUGGUGGACUUGCACCUUUACCCUCAGCUGGUGACCUUUUCUCAAUAGCCGCAGCUAAAGCCGCCAUGUCAGCCAAUUCAUCCAUGGAGUCAACCUCAUCGGCAUCACCUAACACCGCAUCACCCGCUGAUUAUGGUACACCAACGAGCACUGGUACACCAAAUAGUGCUAAUGAAGAAAGUUACUCAAUAAGAAGUUAAAUUGAUUCGCAACCUCGUCAACACAUCAACGUAUCUCCAUCAUCUCUCCCUCUCUCUCUCUCACACACACACAUCAAACAUUUCAACGAUAAAUGGGGAGAAAACUAAUAUAAUUUGAUUCAAGUUGUAUUCCAAUUUUUGGAUCCACCAAACAUUUCAAACAAUUAACUAAUCAACCCCUCACAUCGACAUGGAGACAUUUUUUUCAUCCCAAUCUUUUGCUGAGCGACUAUUUCUUAAAUCUACCUUGUCCCUUUUUCCGCUUCCAUAUCUUUUUUUCGUAACAGUGACAUUUUUUCCCUCUACCACCUCAUCCCAACCACCGCCAUUUCCUCCUUUCCAUCCUCACCUUGUAUCUCCCUCUCUUCCUCUCUCUCUCUCUCUCCUUGUCACUUACAUUUUUUGCUUUCCUUCAGAAAAUCAAGACUGAAUGUGUGUAUAUAUUAUACGAAACAAAUUUAAAAUCAAAUGUAAAAAUAACUAAUUAAUUAAGAGACUAUUGGUCAAAAUACUGUAAUUAAAUCAUCUCUCAACAAACCUUGCCAAUAAAUCAACUAUUAAUCGUAA